GACGGCGACCAGACCAAUAUUAUUACACUCUUUGACGGCGACGACGGCACCGACCAUGCAGCGACAUUGUCGUUCGUUUGGCGUAUAUAGUCAUUCAUUAUUUUAUUAAUCGCUGUUAAUGUCGCAAGAAUCGAUAAUUUGGUAUACUUAAUAUUUGGACGGGCGUUGUGCGAGAUGGAGGGGAUCCCGGACGGCUGCGCGGCGCGCGUGAAGCAGGAGCCCGCGAGGGAUGCUGGUCGCGGUAGUCGCGUAAUUGUAAAGGAGGAACCAGAAUUCGUGGAUGAAGAGGAGUGUGUGAAGGAGGAGUGUGAAGACUACACAGACGGGUGUGGAGUGAGCGAGGCAGCCAUGCUGGCCGGCCUGUACAACGAGCAUGAGGUCAAGGACGAGCUCGUGCUGGGGCCGGAGCACCCGCACCUCCCCACAGUCGGCCUGGUGGUGAGAGCACCUGCUCUUGUCUCCUCUGCGGUGGUGUCGGUGUCGGGUCGGCGCCGCUCGUGCUCGGUCAGGCUGGAGCGCCUGCUGGUGGACGCGGAGCGGCGCACCUGCCGGAUCGGGCGCCGCACAUACAAGCUGCACGCCACCGAGCCCGCACCCACACCCCAUGUCACCACCGCCAUCUAUCAAUGUCCCCAUUGCGACAAACGGUUCAGGAACAAGUCGGUUUUGAUGAAACACAUACGCACUCACUUGUCGUCAGGACCGUCGAGUGGUGAGAAACCUUAUCAAUGUAGGUACUGCCAUCACAAGUUCAAUAGUAAAGGAAGCAUACGAAAACACGAGAUGACACACACAGGUGAAAAGCCUUUUAACUGUAAGUACUGUGACUACAAGUGCAUUGUGAGAGCAAUGUUACGGGAACAUCUGAUGACUCACGGUGAAAGGCCGUUCAAGUGCAGGUAUUGCGACUACAGGUGCCGACAUAGACGAAACUUACGAACUCACGAGAUGACACACACUGAUAAUAAACCAUUUAAAUGUAGCUCCUGCGAUUAUCGGAGCAUUUCAAAAUCUCAUUUACAGAGGCACCUCAUGAUCCAUACUGGUGAAAAGCCUUACAAGUGUCGGUACUGUGACUACACGAGCCGUCAAAGAGGAACCUUACAAAGACAUGAGAUGAUACACACUGGUGACGCGCUAUUUAAAUGUAACGACUGUGAGUACAAGUGUACGCGGAAAUCAGCCUUAUUGACUCAUCUCAUGGUUCACACUGGCGAGAAGCCUUACCAGUGUCGGUACUGUGACUACAGGAGCCGCCGUAGAGACACCUUACGAACUCACGAGACGAUGCACACUGGUGACGCGCCAUUUAAGUGUAACGACUGUGAGUACAAGUGUAGGCAUAAAUCAGCCUUAGUGAUUCACAUGAUGGUUCACACUGGCGAGAAGCCUCACAAGUGUCGGUACUGUGACCACAGGAGCAAUCGUAGACGAAACUUACGAGCUCAUGAGAUGAUACACACAGGUGACAAACAUUAUAAAUGAACUACUGUGAUUACAAGUGCAAUCGGAAAGUAACGUUACAGGCUCAUGAGAGGAUACAUACAGGUGACACCCCCUUCAAAUGUAACAGCUGUGGUUACAAGUACAAGAAGAAAGCAAACUUAUUGGCUCACCUUAUGAUUCACACUGGCGAGAUGCCUUCCACGUGUCGGUACUGUGACUACAGGAGCCGUCAUAGAGGAAACUUACG